AUGGCCGCCGUUCAACUGAAGUUCUCUCUCCGGACCUCGUCCAACGUCAAGACCGUCCACCUCGUCGGUUCCUGGGACAACUACCAACGCCAAAUCCCACUCUCCGCCGAGACCAAGCCCGGCGCCUGGGUUGGCAAGUUCCGCUUCCAGACCUCAAUGCUGCAACUUGGAGGCCGCUACUGGUACUACUACAUCAUGGAUGGCUAUCACGUCUCCCACGAUCCAGCCGUCGAGUACACCGUCGAGCCAACCACCGGCCGCAAGCUCAACAUCCUCGAUGUCCCCGGCGGCAAGCCCACCCGCUCCGCACCCAAGGCUUCCCGCGCCGACAUCGCCACCGGCCGCGCCCUGUCUCCCUCGCGCAUCCACCACCCAAAGCCAACAAAGCACUACGCUUCCCGCCAGCUCCGCGAAGCCGACUUCGCCCCAACCGUCGACGACCUGACCCGCCGCUUCGCCGGCUCCCGUCUGUCAGAUGAGUACUCCUACUCCAACAGCCCACCCAGCUCCGCCGGCUCCUCUCUCUCCUCCCGCUCCUCAGGCUCCACCUCCCCUUCCUCCCUGUCCUCCAUGAGCGACCCCCAGUCCACUGCCGCUGCGAACGCUACGGCAUCACCCGCAAGGCUCGACUGUGGUGGUUCCCGCUGCGGAUACCUAACCGAGUCCUCCGAUGACAGCUGCUCCGAGUCCGAGUACGAGAGUGACGAGGAAUACUGCCGUGCCCGCAACGCCGUCCGUCGCCAGGGUAUCGUCGUCCGCCGAUAG